AUGAGAGGGGGCGCUACUAUUACAGAAGGGUGUUUUACAACGAUUACGCACCGAGCGGAAAUCAUGGAAAGCUUUAAGAAAGAGCAACUGAAUCACAUGCCAACCUCGUCUGUCAACUUCCUUGAAGAACUUCCCGAUGUCGUCUUCUAUGCGGUGAUGGGGAAACUUCCUGGAUGGGUCAUCGAAAAUACUGUUCGACAACUCUCAAGGAAUUGCUAUAGAAAAAUCGAACUGUGCAGAGCAAGACUUCCUCGUGUUUAUAUCAGUUUGCUUUAUGUUCAUGGUAACAGGUUUCGAUUUAUACAUAGCGCAAGGAACGACUAUGAGGAAAAGGUAGAUCCAGCUAAAUUAAUUCAACAUUUGGAGUAUUUGAAUGAGCGUGUCACCUUCAACACCCUCCGUUUGAACGAUGUCGAUUGGGAUAUGUUUGCAAAUUGCAAGUUCAAAUGCGAAGAAUUGUCAUGUUUUGUCAGUGGAACGACUCUUUCGCCGGAAAGAUUCAUGGAUAUUUUUCGCAGUAUAAGACCAACACGCAAGCUAGGUAUUCAUGCGUAUGGGGACAACAAGCUUUUUCCUGUUACGAGAGACUUUUUCACCAAUAAUUAUGCGAUUGGAUUGCAAGAAGUUGGGCUGAUUGGCCACGGGAAUGCCAUGAUUGAUCCAAUAAAUAACACGGUCUUGUUGGAUUCAACUCCUUUGAUUUUUUACGAGCGUCAAAUUGAUCAAAUUGGCCUUCGAGUAGUUGGAGGGGAAGCAGAACGUCGAAAUUUCUUGCGCAACUUACCUGGGUUGAAGGUUGUUAAACGGCUCCGCGGCGAGGGCUACGUCGAAGAUGUCCGCGCUUUGAAAAGAGCAAAUGGGGACGUUGUUCAGCUUUGUGUUUGCAGUGAUGGAAUAAGUCAUAAUGAUAUCUCCAUGCAUAUGCCAACCUCGUCUGUCAACUUCCUUGAAGAACUUCCCGAUGUCGUCUUCUAUGCGGUGAUGGGGAAACUUCCUGGAUGGGUCAUCGAAAAUACUGUUCGACAACUCUCAAGGAAUUGCUAUAGAAAAAUCGAACUGUGCAGAGCAAGACUCCCUCGUGUUUAUAUCAAGGUGCUUGAUGUUAGAGGGAAUACGUUUUCCUAUAGAAGGCCUGACGAUAAAGAAAGGAACGUCUAUGCGGAAAGGAUCGACCCAACUAACUUGAUUCAACAUUUGGAAUAUUUGAAAAAGCGUGCAACCUUCGAGACCCUCUGUUUGCGGGAUGUCAAUUGGGACAUGUUUGCGAAUUGCGAGUUCCAAUGCGAAGAAUUGACUUGUUGGGCGAUGGAUACGACUCUUUCGCCGGAAAGAUUCACGGAUAUUUUUCGCAGUAUAAGACCAACACGCAAGCUAGGUAUUUAUGCGUAUCGGAACAACAAAAUUUUUCCGGUUACGACAGACUUUUUCACGGAUGCGAUGAUCCGAGACUGGUACACUUCGGAGCGUCAAGUUGAUUACAUUGAGCUUCAAGUAGUUGGUGGGGAAGCGCAACAUCAAAAUUUCUGGCACAACUUAGCGGGAUUGCUAGUUGAUAAAAGGCUCCUCUACGAUGGUUGCAUCUCUUCUCGGCCCGCUUUGGAAAGAGUAAAUGGGGACGUCCUUAAGCUUCGUGUUGACAUUCGAUUAGGAGACUAUCUUAAUAUCUCCAUGGUUCGACUAGUGCCCGGCCCGGAAGCUGGCUUAUAUCGGCGGUAUGAUGACGUGGAA